AUGAUGAUGGACCUUUUUGAAACUGGCUCCUAUUUCUUCUACUUGGACGGGGAAAAUGUUACCCUGCAGCCGUUAGAAGUAGCAGAGGGCUCUCCUUUGUAUCCAGGGAGUGAUGGUACCCUAUCUCCCUGCCAGGACCAAAUGCCCCCAGAAGCCGGGAGCGACAGCAGCGGAGAGGAGCAUGUACUGGCACCCCCAGGCCUGCAGCCUCCCCACUGCCCCGGCCAAUGUCUGAUCUGGGCUUGUAAGACGUGCAAGAAAAAGUCUGCCCCCACCGACCGUCGGAAAGCCGCCACUCUGCGCGAGAGGAGGCGGCUAAAGAAAAUCAACGAGGCCUUCGAGGCACUGAAGCGGCGAACUGUAGCCAACCCCAACCAGAGGCUGCCCAAAGUAGAGAUUCUGCGGAGCGCCAUCAGCUACAUUGAGCGGCUGCAGGACCUGCUGCACCGAUUAGAUCAGCAGGAUAAAAUGCAGGAGCUAGGGGUGGACCCCUUCAGCUACAGACCCAAGCAAGAAAUUCUUGAGGGUGCGGAUUUCCUGCGCACCUGCAGCUCCCAGUGGCCAAGUGUUUCGGAUCAUUCCAGGGGGCUCGUGAUAACUGCUAAGGAAGGAGGAGCAAACGUUGAUUCGUCGGCCUCGAGCAGCCUUCGAUGCCUUUCUUCCAUUGUGGACAGUAUUUCCUCCGAGGAACGCAAACUCCCUUGCGUAGAGGAGAUGGUGGAAAAGUAA